AUGGGCAACGCAUCAUCAACCAAACUCCAUCUCAGUCAGCUCGAGAAGCAAGUCGCGACGAAAGGUGUCAUCAUGUCCAGCCCCAUCAAGAACGUCAUCAUCCUAGGAGCAUCCGGUUCUGUUGGUGCACCCAUACUUGACGCGCUCCUCGCGGAACCCUCCUUCAACGUAACCAUCGUCAGCCGCGCAUCCUCAUCAGCCUCGUUCCCAUCUCACAUCCCCAUCAUCAAGAUCUCGGACGCCUUCACGACAAAAGAGCUCACAGAAGCCUUCAAGGGUCAAGAUGCAGUCGUAGUCGCGCUAUCUACCAGCCCAGUCACCGCUGGCGGAAGAGAUGGUCUAGCAUUCCGCCUCAUCGACGCUGCACUCGCAGCAGGCGUCAAACGAUUCAUCCCCAGCGAAUUCGGCGCCAACAAUCUCGAUCCCCGGGCUCGCGCCCUCGUACCGAUAUACGACCUCAAGGGAGAAAUGCUGGAGUACCUCAUCAAGACAUGCGAAGAAAGUCACGGCAAGAUGACGUGGAGCAGCAUUUGUUGCGGCAGUUGGCUGGACUGGGCACUCGAUCCAUCAAAGUCUGGUAACUUCCUCGGCAUAGAUGUUAAGGAGAGGCAGGCGACGGUAUACGAUUCUGGGAAUAGGCGCUUUGCCGUUACGAGUAGCAAGAACACCGGCCUUGCAGUUGCGCGUGUCUUGGUCUAUCCCGGGUUGACCGCAAACAAGCAGAUCUUCUUAUGUGACUUCUCGGUCAGCACCAGGCAGAUUGUAGAAGCACUGGAAGUAGAGACUAAGGCCAAGUUCCAUGUUGAGGAGAAGGAGAGCGGCCCGGAGAUCAAGCAGUUUCGAGAGAAUUUCGAAGCAGGGGAUUUGAACGCGACAUUUCGGUUGUUGGCAAUUAGUUUCGGGGCUGAUGUAGAUGUUGGGUACGAUUUCGAGGCUGAACAAGAGAUCUGGAAUGGUAAGCUAGGGCUUCCCAAGGUGACACUCGAAGAAGUAGUUCGUGAGGCUGUAGAUCUAGCGGCCCGCUCUUAG